AUGCAGCCUCGUACUCUGGGCGAGUCUUGGAAGGAUCCUCUAGCGAGGAGGUGCAUGGAAGCUUCCAAGUGGGAAUUUUGUGGCGGGCUCGAGGCCAAGAUCUUUCAAGCCUGCAUUGCGCUUGCCCUUGUCCUUAUUUGGCUUGUGCAUGGGGCUCUCGUCACCCCGUGCCUUGCACCAGACGCAAAGCUCUGGCUCUUGGAGUCCAGCCAGCCCACCCCUAGCGACUGGGGCAGACUUGACGGCUGCAAGUGGGAGCAUUUGUGCGCGCGCAGCGAGCCCAGCUUGCUCGCGCCUCUCCCAAAGCCUGCAUUUUCUUUCUUGUUGUUGCCGCAAUCGCUGAAGGGUGAAGUUGAACAACUCUGCAAACCUUUGGACUCGUUCCUUUUACACUAUUGUCAAAAUCAUUUUCUCAGUCAAGAUGGCGAUGUGGGAGACGGAAGACGAAUACAGCGGUCCAACCGGAGCCGGUUCGCUCCCGACGCCACAAGAUACCCCGUACAAAACUCCAUCGCGACGGAGCUCGAGGAGGUCGCGACGGUCCGCCACGCCGCCAGGCCAAGGCGGUCUUCCAAAGAUGUAUGCACCGAUGAGACAAUCAGCAUCCUUGACCCCCGUCGGUUUACCCCAACACUCCACGCCAACCUGGUCGCCGAGAUCUUGUCAUUGCGCCGAGACCAGGAAGAGAAAAUUAAGUUCAUUGAGAAUUUAGAAGCGUCGCUUCACACCGCUCGCGAAGAGCAAGAGACGCUUGAAACUGAUCUCACCAAUACGUCCAAGGAGGCCAGGUCACUAAAGCGCCAACUUGCGCUUCUCGAGGAGGUACCUCAUCCGCUCUCGGCGAGCUUGCGCAGGCUCGAAGCGCUGCAAAAGAAACUCCGGUCUCAAGAAGAGGAUUCCGAGCGGGUUCACGAGCAGUGGGCAAAGGAGAAGGAUCUCUGGGAAGAGGAGAAGCGGAAAUAUGAGCGACGAGUUCAUGUGGCGGAGAGCCGGCUCAAGGUUGUCCUUGAUGAGGUGGCCGCAUACCAGGUUGCUCAAGCCAAUGGUUUGCAAAAUGGUGGGUUGGAAAGCGAGGCUGAAGACCAUGCCAAGGACACCGACGCCGCAAGUGUCAGAACCAUGAGCAUAACAAACAGCAUCCGGUUCUCCGUCCUGAGCGGUCCCAACGCGGCCAAGAUGAAUGGCAACUCGCUCGCGGACGAGCUCAAUCUCGAUGGCGAUGACGACUGGCAAACAGACAACGACGGCCGCGAAAGCGUGCUUUCAAAUAAUCGCCAUGUGCGAAACAUGAGCAGGGAUAGCGUCAUGUCGCGCAUGCACAGGCGCAACCAGAGCAUGGAAAGCCUGAGACGAAGAGCCGCCGAAGCCGACGUAUACCGAUACAGGCAUUCAAUAUUCGCCUCCACCGUCGCCAAAGCUCCCGCCUUCCAAGCCUUCAACCCCGAGCCAGUUGCUCUCUUCGACAGAGUGCAUGAGCUGGAUAGCCCUGCAUCCCGCAGCUCGUCCCGCGCUGACAACGAAAUCGAGGCGAACCAAAGGAGGAAGCGCGUGCAUUAUGGCCGUCCUCUAAGCAUCGAUCCAGUCAAGGGCCAGAUCCACCAGAUGGUCUCGGCGGGCUCCCAAACCAUGGAAGAGCCUUUGAGCCCCCUCGGACACCUAAGUCGCCGCUCCGAUCGGCCACCCCUCCCCGCCUGUCGUCCAGCCGCCACCCAUCCCCAUGGUGUCCUCGGCCACUCAGACGGAUCCUCCGGUUCUUCCCCGGCCCGAGGCUUUCCCCAUGCCCCAGCUAUCUAUCCCCAGCAUUAG